UCAAUUGGAUACGAUCGAGGCAGGGCGAAUUAGACCUUAAAACACAGCCAAUCUAUCGACCAUGGCUGAGAGCUUCAGAUGGUGGUAGAAGAUAGUUAAUAGUGCGUAAAAGAUAGUUGAAGAUAGUUAAUAGAGCGAAGCAGAUAGUUAGUAUUGUGUUGAAGACAGUUAAUAGAGCGAAGAAGACAGUUAACAGUGUGUUGAAGAUAGUUAAUGGUGGGUAGAAGAAAGUUAAAAGUGCGUAGAAGAUAGUUAAAGGUGCGUAGAAGAUAGUUAGUAGUGCGUGGAAGAUGGUUAAUAAUGUGUAAAAUACAUUCAAUAGAGAAUAAAAGAUAAUUAAUAGUAUGUAGAAGAUAGUUAAUAAUGUGUAAAAAACAUUCAAUAGAGAAUAAAAGAUAAUUAAUAGUAUGUAGAAGAUAGUUAAUAGCGUGUAGAACGUAGUUAAAGAGUGUAGAAGAUAGUUAAUAGUGUGUGGAAAAUAGUUAGUAGUGUGUGGAAGAUAAUUAAUAGUUGAUAGAAUAUAGUUAAUGGCGUGUUGAAGAUAGUUAAUAGUGUGUAGAAAAUGGUUAAUAGUAAUAGAAGAUACUUAAUAGUGUGCAGAAGAUAGUUAAAAGUGUAUAGAAGAUAGUUAAAAGUGCGUAGAAGGUAGUUAGUAGUGUGUGGAACGUGGUUAAUAAUGUGUAAAAAACAUUCAAUAGAGAAUAGAAGAUAAUUAAUAGUAUGUAGAAGAUAGUUAAUAGCGUGUAGAACGUAGUUAUAGAGUGUAGUGUAGUGUGUAGAAAAUGGUUAAUAGUAAUAGAAGAUACUUAAUAGUGUGCAGAAGAUAGUUAAAAGUGUAUAGAAGAUAGUUAAAAGUGCGUAGAAGGUAGUUAGUAGUGUGUGGAACGUGGUUAAUAAUGUGUAAAAAACAUUCAAUAGAGAAUAGAAGAUAAUUAAUAGUAUGUAGAAGAUAGUUAAUAGCGUGUAGAACGUAGUUAUAGAGUGUAGUGUAGUGUGUAGAAAAUGGUUAAUAGUAAUAGUAGAAGAUAGUUAAUAGCGUGUAGAACAUAGUUAUAGAGUGUAGAAGAUAGUUUAUCGUGUGUGGAAGAUAGUUAGUAGUAUGUUGAAGAUAGUUAAUAGUUGAUAGAAGAUAGUUUUAUUUUAUUUACAAAUUAAACACAAAUUACAAAUAAUAAUGUGCUAAAGAUAGUUAAUAAAGUUUUCAUUUUAUUUACAUCAGAUUCGGCUUCCAGCUUUGCCAAUUAAACACAAAAUACAAUAUCAUCUCAAUAGUACUUAGCAUUUGAGUCAGAUUUUACCCCCCCCCAACCCCAAAUUAUUCAUAUAACCUAAUAAGAUCAUGAGUACCAAAUAUUCAUAUAACCUAAUAUGAUCAUGAGUACAAAAUAUUCAUAUAACAUAAUAUGAUCAUGAGUACAAAAUAUUCAUAUAACCUAAUAAGAUCAUGAGUACAAAAUUUAUGAAUUCAAACUUGCAAAUGGGGUGUCCUUUGUUCCAUGGUCAUUCAUAAAUAACGAUAGGGAUAGAAGGAUAAUAUUCCUCUUUGCAUCUGAGGUAAAACAACAAAGGAAUAUGGUCAACCUGGGAACUGAUAUAGAAGACUUUUCAACACAUGAGUACUUAAGAGACAGUAGUGCAACGGGAGGGAUAAUAUUAUGGACUCGACAGAACACAGGGAAAGCUGUCAGACCAUGGUAUCCAAACCAGGAAGCGCCAGCAUGGAUGUCAAGUGAGAGAGUAUGGGUGAUGAUGGAGGACAGCAUAACGAGGAUAGCCUGCUGUGGAGUGUAUUUACGUACGGAGUCACCAAAAUCCUCAACUUUCUUCAAGAACAAUGAGGAACUUUUAACCCAACUAGUAAGGGAGAAGAUAGAGCUAGAACAUAAUGGAUACCACGUAUGCUUUUUAGGAGAUUUCAACGCUAGAAUAUCACCAGAUAUACGGUUUGACUUCCAACAAUACCCACAUGCACCAAAUAAUAAUGGAACCCUAGUCAAUAGCUUCGCGAACACCAUCAACUUACACUGCAUGAACCCCAUGAGCUGGAAUGGGGUGGUUGAAGAACAAUUCACGUAUCAGCGGGAUCUAGGCAUUCGUUAUGAUCGGUCAAUCAUUGAUUAUGGGAUCGCCACACCAACAACAAUUUCCUUAACGACUAGGUUUUCAGUACAGGAUUCGGCUGAAUACAGUGUUGAGUCAGACCACAGUUCGUUAUUAUGGGAAUUUAAAAUGUGCAGCCAAACUACAUCUGAAACACAGCCAAAAACAAAGAAUCCGCUACGACACAUCAGGAAAUGGGAAUCUUUCACGAAAAUACUUGAUUCAAGAAUGAUGUCAUCAAAGCUAAAUUUUGAUGAGCUAACAGGAGUUGAACAGUCUAAUUACUUAACAGAGGAGCUAUGUAAAGCUGGCAGAUCGGUCAUACCAUCAACAUCAACAUCUCGUGUGAAAAAACAGAAACAAUCAAAAAAGAUGAGCCAACUGUUACAAGCAAGUAAAAAAACCAAGAAAUUAUUGAAUGAACACAGGGAUAAAACAGAUCAAGAAUUUAGUAAACUAAAAGAAAGAGCUAAAAGAGAGACAGCGAACAUAAGAACACAGUUUUACAAGGAAGCCUUUAACACAAAAAGGAAGACGCGGGAACUGCUGAAUACAAAGGGAACGAAGGCGCAGAAACUAUUCUGGCAACUGAUAAACCCAAAACCAAAAAAGUCAUCAGCUAUAGAAGCUCUUGAAUCUGAUGUAGGGCUUACAACAACCCCAACAGCAAUGAAUGUUAUAGUGGAAAAAUUUCUUGAAACGAAAUUUCUAACAUCAUAUGAUAAAGAGGAGAUAACCUGGAAAGAACCCGAUUUAACAAAACUGGGAGAACCGCAAGUCAAAAUGAAUGAAGAGACAGCAGAAAAUAUAAUGAACCCCAUAACAAUGGAUGAAUUGCGUAUAAACAUUGAUGAUCUUGAUGCAAGCAAAGCAGAGGGAAUGGAUAAUGUAACGAAUGCAAUGCUUAAAAAUACAGGACCAGCAGCUAGAGAGAAACUUUUAGAUAUGUACAACAACAUAAUGAUUUCAGGACAAACACCAGAUUCGUGGAAAGAAGGAGACAUAGCACUAAUACUCAAGAAGCCACCUAACACAAACAUAAAUAACUACAGACCAAUCACCUUAAUCAGCUGUGUGUCAAAGUUGUGGACAAAGAUAAUGGCAAAAAGGGUGAGUGAGUCGAUCGAAGUCGAAGAUAUAAUCGGGCCAGAGCAGAAUGGCUUCAGACCAAACAGAUCCUGUAGCGAUAACACCUUCAUCCUUAAUACCUUACUGGAGCUAAAUAAAAGCAGGAAAAAACUCUCCUACCUGCUGUUUGUAGACCUAAAGGAAGCUUACGACAGGGUAGACAGGAAUAUACUAUUUGCGAAACUGAGACAAUUAAAUUUUCCUGAGCGAUUCAUCACACUGCUAACGAGUUACUACUUUCAAGAUAACAUAUCAACAUCCUCCACAGGAACUAGAUCAAAAACACAAUACCAGCAGAGAGGUCUCAGGCAAGGCUGCAAUCUAAGUAGCGUACUCUUCAUAAUAUAUGUGUCAGAACUUGCAAGGCGGAUAAGAUGUAGUGGACAAGGCGUACGUUUGGAUUCUGGUGAAAUAAUUGGGAUUUUGUUAUUUGCUGACGACAUAAUUCUAAUCGCGGACAACUCAGCAAGCAUAAAUGUACUUAGAUCCAUUAUGGAGGGUUGGUGCUCUGACUUCAAAAUGACGGUAUCUAUUGGAAAGACCAAUAUAAUAACUCCAGAACAAAACUUCAUCUGCUCUGUAUCCAGCGACGGUGUAUCUGAAUCCGAUAUUAUUGAUCAAGUAGAGUCAUAUAAAUACCUCGGAGUCAUGCAAUACUCCAAAACGAAACGAACAACGAAACAUAAAGGGGAAGAGAUGCUAAAGCGAGCAAAAAUGUACAAGAACGUAAUCCUAUCAACCGGCAACUUCUUACCAGACAAAGUAAAAUCACUAUCGACAAUCUGGCGAUCCAUAGCACUCCCAGGACUCCUUUACGCGGCAGAUGUAAUUCCAGUUUCAGAGGAUAUAAUACAUGGGUUAGAAACCAUACAGCAACAGGUUGGAAAGUCUAUCCUCGGAGUACCGCAAUCCUCUGCAAACCCCAUAGUAAACCUGGAGCUGGGAUGGAAACCAAUACAACUCCUUUUGGAGGAAUCAGUAAUAAGGUUCUACCAACGGGUACAUGAUCCAGAAUUUAAGGGAAGUCAUUUAGUGCAAUCAUGUAUGGAAUGGAACAAAUCUCACGGAGAAACAAUGUACAUCCAAUACAUAAACAAGUUAAUCAAACAUCACAACUUAAACUUGGACACACUAAAGCUACUGAAGCACAGUACACUUCUGGAACACCACAAAAAAGGAAUACUACAAAGGGUCCAGCACCUACCAAGCCUAAAUAUUCUCCCAAUACCUAGGAAAUGGUGGACAAUGCAACCUCACAUCGAAGAAGCAAAAUGGUCAAGGACUCUAGUAAAAUUCAGGUGCAUGAACACAGGUUUAGGGAACAGAGACUCAUACAGGGCGUUAGACGCCAUGUCCCAAGAUGACGGAAGAGUGACCUAUUGCCCUUUAUGUCUACAAGGCAGGAAUGAUGAAAUACACCUCAUACUGCAUUGCUCAGUCCUAUCACAAACAAGAAACUCUAUCAAAAUGCAAUCAGGAUUAACACUGGGAUCAACUCUAAUGGAGCUUAGAGCAAAAUUCUCCUGCAGCUCAGACCAAGAGGUGGUGAGACUCUUCUUGGGCCAAGAACCAAGACUGACCAGAAUGACAAUGAUAGACAGAGGCCUUGCACUGGAUUUACUACUUACAUGCUUCUACAGAGAGUGGUCAAAAACGAGAGGAAGAACAAUCCAACGCCCAGAUGCUUGGAGGCCACACUAGGAAUCGGACACCCAUUUGCAAGUGAGUUUAGUUUCUGUUUAAUUUCUCUUUAGACCUGGCCAUAGAGUAUUUAUAAUCAGGUUUGCAAUAUGUUAAGUUUUAAGUCAAGCUGGUUUGAGUAAAGUGGGCUUUUAUAUCCCUAAUAUUGGUUAUAAGGAAUGCAAGAUAACUAAAUAUGGAGCUAAGGUUGGUUUAAAAGUUUUUCAUCAAAGUAUAAAUUAAUAUUGAGGCAACAUCUUGUUAUACAGUUUUAAUUUUUAAUGCUUAAUUUGGUAUUGAGUGCUCAGUUAUAGUUAAUACAGGUCAAAGUCAAAUGAAGCUGUACAUAUAUUAUAAUAUUGAAGCACAGUUUUGACUUUUCACGCCUAAUUUAGAAUUGAGUAUAUACUACUUUACACUGGUUCCAAAUAAUAAUAAGCCAAGAAACAUUUCAAGUCAGAUUUUGAUAAAAAUCUCAAUCCUACCAUUAUCAUAUCUUAUCGUUAUCAUAUCCUAUCGUUAUCGUAUCCUAUCAUUAACAUAUCCUAUCAGAUCAUAAAAUGAUAUAAUAAUAAACCCGUGUAUCCCGUACUACCGGAAGGGAGACUCAAUCCACCGGCAUUUGACUGAUACUAGAAAUAGUUUGUUUGAUAAUUCGCCGGUAGAAGGAGUUAAUCCGGACUCAUGGCUCAAAUUUGGUCGUGAUACCCGACGUUAGGCUUAAACUAUGUCAGGCUGAAAAGCCUUGAUCUAGAUGGAAUCAUGAUGGCGUACCCCAGCUAGAUCAGGGAGCCCACGGGACUUCCCUAGCUUCUUGAAUUGAAUUGAAUUGAAUAUUAUGUUAAAUCCUUUGG